GUUCACCGUGCGUGGAGCCAUUGCGACAAACGCAUUAGCUCGGUACUUAUCAGGCACUACUGGAUGACUAUCCGUAAGGAUUUAGAGGCGUCUGAUGGCCUCUAAACAGUUUGUAGCGGAGUUUAAAUAGAGCUUAGAACGGGUUUCUAAUCCGUAAGACGUGUUUAGAUCGUCUACAGGUCGUUCUAAGACUCCCAUGCGCUUCUUCGGUGCGAGUGACGACGAGUAUGAAGUCGAGGAGGAGGAGCGCCUCCGUCUCGGACUUGCUGCUACACUCAUCCUAGGUGCCCUUGACUCUCGGCUCACCAGGCAGGUGCAUCGCCACCGGGCCUACCUCACUCGCCCAGAGCUCAUGCCUGAUCCACGCAUUGAUACACCUUGGCAGCGGCUCUGGCAGAGCCAAAAUGACCGCGCGUUCAUCACGACAAUGGGAAUCGAUGUCGGGACCUUCCGUUACCUCCUCGAGAGCGGGUUCACGAGGAUUUGGACAACGACUGCAAUACCACGCACUGACACCGAUCCGACCGGGCGACCUCGACUUGGUCGCCGCUCACUUGAUGCUGCUGGCGCACUCGGGCUUUACCUACAUUAUCUCAACUCUACCAUGUUCGAGAAGACCCUCCAGGAGGUUUUUGCACUGGUCCCCGGGACGACCAAUCGAUAUCUCAAGUUCGCCCGUCGCGCUUUGCUGACGACGCUGCGGAGCAUCCCCGAGGGGAAAGUCAAGUUCCCGGAAGUUCAUGAGUUUCAUGAGCUAUCAAAGCUCAUACAGAAGCGACACCCACUCCUGAACGGCGCAUUUGGUAGCAUCGACGGGCUGAAUAUCGCGACGCAAACGUCUGAUGACCCGGCCAUCGAGAACGCAACGUACAAUGGAUGGUUGCAUGACCAUUUUACAAGUUGUGUUAUUGUCUUCUCGACUAGAGUCUCAACGCACCCGGUAGCUGGCAUGACGCGAAGGUAGCCCGUCCGAUCUACAAACAGCUCCGUGAUAAGGCUCCCGACGGCUACUUCCUCGUGGCAGACUCGGCGUUCCCGCGAGGCGGUGCGGAGGUUGAAGACCAUAUUCACU